AUGAAACAGCGACUUUGCAGCAUUUCAAUACUAAUCUCAGUAUAUUUAGUCAGUGCCAUCAAUAUCGCAGAUAUCUCCAAACUGGAUACAUUUGGCCAGUCGGUUAAAAAGCGACUGGUCGUGCAUCGUAUAGGUCAAUGCAUCGGCAAGAAGGAUCUUCCAAUAUAUUUUUCCGAUUUCACUACGUCACAGUAUAAUAGCAGUCAUUACGUUGUGAACGGAGAAGUCUUGUUCAACGAAGAUUUUCCCCAUGGUUGGGAACCGACGACCAUCGUAAAAAGGUGCGACGGAUUCCAUGCGUCAGCCAGUUGCCGUCCCUUUCUGGAUAACAUGGUUGUUUCGAAUCUGUGUAGCAUGCUAGCGGUUACAGAUUCUAUGUAUUCGAUUUACAUGUCAGCUAUGGAACCAAAAAUACAGUGCCCGUUUAAAAAGGGAACCUAUGUUAUGAAAAAUCAGUUGGUAUACGACGAUGUGGCGAAAUUUCUGCCUGGGUCCGGUAGCACAUAUUGGGAAAUAAAAUCUUGGGGCAAGAUCGGCAAUCGAAUGGUGAUGUGCUACGUUGUGCAGUUGAACGUGCGACCGAAAAAACUGAAGGCAUCUAGUGGGCGAUGAAUAACAUUUUGAUUGCUUCAUGUUAUAGGACCAAUUUGAUAGUACUGAAAAAAGUCAAAAUCUAAUAAAAAUAUAAAUUACUAGUGAACCACUAAUCGUAUUGCUGUGUAAUAAAAAUAUAAAUUACUUGUGAAAAACCAAUCGUAUUGCAGUGUGAUAAAAGAACGAACAAUAUGGAAGGAGAUUCCAUCACAGUUUCUCUCAAAAAAAGUCUAUCCAAGCUAAUCGAGGAGCACUUCCACACUAUGGAUGAUGUUUUUUCGUGUGCAAUAUUCAUCGUUUGUGCUAUCGCAAUCUGGUAUGUGAUCAGUUUUAUCGUGGGGCUUGUAACGCGGAUUAUGUUUCCAAUGCUAAUAUGCUUUGCAUUCUUCGUAUUCGUGAGCGAGACCUAUUCAGCGACGAUAGCUUCUUCAGUGAAAAUAUUUCAAGCAAUAAGCGCCCGUCUUUGCUCAAUGAUUGGAAACUAUGAAAAUUUGGUUUGAUGAAUAAAUAUAUAUUCUUUGGC